CUGCUUUGUGCGGCACCCUUUCUAAUUGGUUUCUAACAUUGAACCAGGGACCAGUGCACACCUGGAAAACUAACAGAGUGAAAUUGUAUGUUCUUGAAGAUGGUAGUUCCUGGCAGUGCCCCUGUCAUACAGCAAGAUCAUGCUCUGGAACCUGACCUGGGGCAGGAUUCAACAGAGAAUUCUGCUAUGGGUCCUGACACAGAACCGGGUGCUGAUCAGGUGGGUCCAGAGCUGGAGGAGGUGCGAAAGCUGCAGGAACUAGUGAGGAGACUGGAGAUCCAAAAUCAGCAGUUAAGAACUAGAAGCCGUAGAAGUGUGCUAGGCACAAAUGCUCAGAGCCAGAUUGACAGUGGCGUGGAGAACCAUGAUCCAGGUCUAAAUGGAAUGGAAAUUAAUAAUAGCAUCAACGCUAUCACUGAAAAGCACGAAUUACAAAUAAUGGCAGAUCUACACAGCAAGCUAAACAAAAUAAGAACACAGGAGGAAGAGAGUAAUUGUUUAAAGAAAAAGAUGAUUUCUCAAAUGCAGUACUGCAACAAUACUGCUACUGAAAAAGUGUCUCCUAAUUCAGAACACACAAAUAAUACGGAAAUGCAGUAUGAUGAUGUAAAUGUUAGCUGUCCUUCAAGCAUGGAUAGGAGUAGCAGUAUGGAGCUUGGGGAAGACCUGAUCACAGCAAGUAUUGAUUCAUCAGUUAAACCAAGUGAAGAGAGUCCCAAUGAGAAGAGUGAUGAUCUAGGAGACCUCUUGAAUGAUACUGCUCUGGAUGAAGUGGAAGUGCUAGAACUAGGGAAUUGCAAUGAUGAAGAGGACUGCUGGUUGUAUGCGUCUCCAAGAAAAUCCACUGCAGAUCAGAAAACAGAAUCGCCUCUGAAAUGGUGCCGGCAGGUGUUGGACAACCCCAGUCCUGAAACGGAAGCAGCCUGUCGAACUCUUAUAAAUCGACUUGACCAAGCCAGUAGGUGGAAAAACCUGUAUUGCAGUCCAUUGGCAUCACCAAGUGCACAUAACUUGAAUACAGAGGCAAGCUCCUGUAGCAAUGCAUUAAACUCUCCUGGGCACCUCAAAUCAACUAACAAAGCACUACUAACCUGUGGCAGCUCAGGUUACUUGAGCAUGCAUUCUGCACUGAGUUCUCAGUCCUCUGUGGACAGUGAGCUUAGUACAUCUGAUGACUCUAUCUCUAUGGGCUACAAACUGCAGGACUUGACUGAUGUCCAGGUUAUGGCACGCCUACAGGAAGAAAGUCUCCGCCAGGAUUGUGCUUCUAGCUCUGCUUCAGUGUCUCGUCGUAGUUCCAGUGCCUCCCUUCACUCUCUCAGGAGAGGUACCUACAGCGACCAGGAGUUUGACGCAUACAGUCUGGAGGAUGAGGAUGAUUAUGAUUGUUCCCUGUCCUAUCGUAGUGCUCACAGGUACUCACCUUCUCCUCUCAGCUCCCCCCGAUGUCAGUCCCCUUCUUCAGGAGCAGAUUACAACAGGGCAACUACCUCUCGUAUUCGACCCCCAAGGAGAUCUGUGCAAAGCACCAUGCAAGAUCGACUGAAGUACACAAAUAAUGAAGAGGAGAUGCGUCACAGUAUGCCUAACUUGGCUAGGACAAGCCUUCGCACUCUAGAGUCUGUAAGGAGUAGCCGGAGUUUGGAAUCAGAUCUACAGGUACCCAGCAGCCGACUUUCCAGAAUGCAGCAACCAUCAACAAGUUUGAAUCCCAGUAAGCUCAGGUAUUCCUCUAGUGCUGGUCAGUCUUCCUUAACGGUACGACAACCAGUGAAAGGAGGGUCAUGCACAAAUUCUCUGUUAACACCAAGACAGCCAGUGAAAGCCUCCAGCUACACAAAUCCUGUUGGAGUUCGAAAGCCACAGUCUUCUACUUAUAGUCCAGGGUCUUCCAAUAGCAGUUCUUCUGCUACCAGAAGUAAUAUGGUCACGAUAGCCAAAAACUCGCCCAUCAAAGUACGGACAUCUGUAGGAGGAACUUCUGCUCCUAAGAGCAAGCUGACACCCCCAUCCAAGAGAGUUCCUCAGUCGGCAAAAACCAGUCAGACAACUGCUGAUGAUUCUUGGAAGGAUGGAUGUUACUGAAGCAACCCAAAGAUGCUGAUGCACUGCCAAACAUCUGUGUUGAAGAACCCCAGCUGGCUGGGCAUAAGAAUACUCUAAAAUAUGCUUCUUUCCAGAUCCAUUGCAUGGGACUGACUUAUACAUUCCCCAGCCCCCUCCCUUCAUCUCUAGAAUGCAGACUUUGUUCUUGACUUCAUUUAAUUUGUCAAGAGCUUGGCCUCUUAAUGAUAGAAAUGGACAAUUUUUGUGUACUGUAUCCCUGAACUCUGAAAAACUGCAGAAGCUUGAGUAGCCUUUGCAUCUUUAAUAUAGAUUUCUACCUACAGCCUAUUGUUGGAAGUGACAUUGACUGCGAUCCACUAUGACAUGUUCACAUGGAAACUUGCUUAAAAGGCCACAAGUUGUUGUGUUUGUGCCAGCAAGAAGCUUCAACCUAUUGUUUGUUGCUCUUAGCAGGGGGUGGAGAGUAUAGAAAUAGCUGUAUAGGUGUUAGAAGGUUUUGGGGUUUUUUUAAUGCACCUGGUGUCAUCUAAUCUAGUUGAUCUGAAGCUCAGAAUUUUUUUUAUACUUAUUCCUGUAUAAAAUGUAUUUCUUCUGCUACUUUUUAUUAAUGUUUCUCUAGAAGUCAAAGGCAGCUUUUAUAACUAUCAGUAGUACACUUCAGACAUGUUUGUAUCAAAGUGUGUGCAUCACAGUAGUAUCAGUUCACAAAUGAAGGAGUAAUACACAAUAUUUGUGUGGGUUUCUGAACAGGCCAUCAUAAUACAGUGGGUGCUACUUAAACUGAUAGUUAUCACAUUGCUAAGUUAUCUAAGUUGAGAAAAUACCAGCAAGCUUAACUUCUUGCAGAUGGUAAUGUCCUGUCUUUGGCACCCACUGUAUGUUAGAGAGACUAAUUUUACUUUAAGUGUUUCUCUUCAUAAUAUACACUUUGCCCCAUUUCCUGUUGGUAACAAUUACCCUUCAUUGGGUUUUGUAUGAAACUUUUUCUAAUUGCCUUUUUCAUAUGAAGGAAUUGGUAAAAUCGUCCCCCAUCUUCAGCAAGAGGCUGUUGAUUCAAAUGGAGUCCAUAAAAUAUGCACUGAUUUGAGCUCAGCAAUGUUUUCCCUGCCAUUAAUGUGAUUUGAUAGUGUAGCUUAAUAAAAUGUUAAGGUGCUGAAAAGUAGAUCUGCCUUAAUAGCAAA